AUGUCACCGUUGCCCCAGCAUUCCCUCUCGUACGUCUUUGAUGUGUUGUGUCCUUUGGUGAUGUACCUUCAUAGUAUGGCGGCUCAUGAAGGUAUUGCCGAUGAUCUUCUCUCCAAGCUGGCUGAAGACAUCGAGACGGGUGAGCAGAUGGAGGCCUUAGGACGAACACUCGGAUUCAGGGUCGAAGACAUCAAUAUAUACACGGAGACCAAUAGGAUAGAAGGACGGGUGACUUCUAAGGGAACACGUGACAUGCUGUUUGACUGGAGACAGACCGUGGAGCCUUGCGACCAGCACCUCAGACUGGAACAAGCUCUCAUUGACGCUAAGCUAGUAAUGCUUGCUGAUUCACAUCUCAAGGGGACACUAAGGGAUCCAGGUAUAUACAGUAAGAAGAUCUCGGCAUCAUUAACUGUUCAGCGAUGUCGCGAAAAGUUGGAGAAAAAGUACCGACAUCAAUUGUGCAAAAUUCAAAUGAAACCGUGGGAUCAAAGUGAUUAUGCUGAGUUCAAAGAUAUGCACACGGUUGUCACAAUGGUGAAGAAGGAUGCUCGUGGACAAGAUACGACAAAGAAGGAAAUACUCCAGGGUUCAGUUGCUGAAAUAUUUUCAACGAAAGUAAACGGAGAACUGCCAGCUCGAAUCCUCAUUUCGGCCCCGGCUGGACGAGGAAAGACCACGGCUGUCGCCAAGAUGGCUUAUGACUGGGUUCACAGAGAAAAGGGGUCAGCAUUAGAACACCUGCCACUUCUGUUUGUUGUGAAAUUCCGAAACACAACGCAGCUUACAUCGAUCGGAGAAGCCAUCAAAUCCCAGCUUUUGAGUGAUGUUGAUGAUCUGACACCAGAGGGUCUGGAGAGUUUCAUUAGAGAGAAUCAGGGAAUCUGUCACAUCAUACUAGACGGGCUAGAUGAGUAUGCCGGUAUUUCUUCUUCAAACCGGAGCUUAGGGAGCAACAUUGUCAGUGUCAUCCGCUGGGAGGAAUUUCCAGAGUGUAGAGUCCUUAUAACAACGCGCCCUCACCUCGAGAACUUCUUCAAUCAAGCGGAGCUUCCAAGGGUAUACACUAAGAUGUGGGUCGAAGGAUUCUCGCAAGAGAGCUCACGAGAGUACAUCGACAAGUUCUUUGCUUCGACUUCGAAUCCUUGUCGCGGACAUGGUCUGAAGGUUUACCUUGAUGACCAACCACUGAUUAAUGAACUUGUUAAAACGCCUUUAUUUUGUCUCAUGGUCUGUCACUUAUGGAGCAAAGAGCGUUUGAACACUGAAACUACAACGCAAACAGAAUUAUUAGACAGCGUGAAUGUUUUUCUGAUGCACCAUGCCAAUGCCCGAGCAAAAUCAAAAGACAAAAUAACAAAAGGAGAACUAAUCAAAAUCAUUCGGAAACUGGGUAAGGUUGCUCUAGCUGGUCUAAUCGACGACUCUAAAAAACUAGUCUUCACGCCCCAUGAUUUCCGAAGAGUUCCCGCUAUCCUUGAUAGGGCAUGUGAGCUUGGGAUUUUAUCUAAGACGACGAUUCCAACGACAAUGCUCCCACUAUCCCACAAUACCACAUCCACGACCAUUGAGUUUUAUCAUAAACUCGUUCAGGAACACUCCGCUGGGAAAUACCUUGCUGCUAAAACGAAGAAAUAUAUGUUACGACUGAAGAGUUCUAAGUUAGACAGACUGCUGCGAAACAUCAACGCAAACAUCGGUGACUAUGAGAAUCUCAUCCGAUUUGCUGCUGGCACAGAUAACAGCCUUUGCAUACGAAUAAUGCAGAUGCUCCUUAACAACUUCGGUUUGGAUAAGAGCGAGCGAUAUCGAAUUCUCCUUGACUGUUCAUCAGAGACCAAGGGUACUCAACAAAAAGUGUCUUCGUUGGUUCAAAGAUGUGUGAAUGCAGAGAGUAUUGUUCUAAAGUCACCGACUGUCUACACCGUCGUUGGGAUGCAAAAUCUUCCAAAGCAACUUAAACUUCAGAUCACGGCUGGUCUUCGUCGGACCGGAGGACAGCAGCUCAAAGACAUCAAGCUUAUAGCACCGUUAUCACUCCCAUCAGAGAAGAAGAGUGUAUCGAGAGAGAUGAUGAGAGGACUGGGCCUUCUGAUCAGAGAACAAACCAAGAACCUGCAGCGGUUUUGGCUGUAUGGAGUGAAGUGCACAGACAAGGAAGAACUUGUUUACCUCAUCGAGAGCUGCAGACAUGUGAAUACGAUGUCAGAGCUGUUGUAG